GCACAAAUGCUAAGGUCUGCUAGUAUGCUUUCGCUAUUGCUUUGCUUUUAGUUUUAUCAAAGUAAACGUCGCUUUGUUAAAUAACAGUAUUGAUUAUUGAUAAUUCAUAUCACAGUGGCCUCAAGAAAUGCCUAAAAGAUAAAGUUAAGGUGUUGUCUGGUUUUAGACCGAACGCAUUCAUAUGCUGUAGCCAUAUCGCGCAGAGUUGCAAGAGGUUAGAGGGGAUAAAGCUACGGCAAGAUCUCGCGAGAUGUUGUGUUUAGGGUUAGUUUUUGGGGUAGGAAAAACUGCGCCCAACCGGCGAGAUUUUACGAGAUUUUGGCAGUAGGUGUAUGUCUUCUAGCCGCUACCGUUGCAAGGCGGAUGUAUUUCUAUUAAUUCUGUUCUCAUCUGCUAUCUUUUUUCUCUCGUCUCGUUACUGUCCGCGGUUGCUCAAACUUGAUGUUCUGCACUUGCGGACCUCAAAGCUGAAACAAGAUCAUGAAAGAACAAAAAAGUCCUAAUGGAGAUUCUCCCAUACUGCAGCACGAUGUUGUUGCAACAGCAGAUGACCAAUUAACAACCAUCCAGUCAGGUGCCACAUUCUCCUCAGAUCAGCAAAUCAAGUAUCUGUUCAGAACAGAAGGAACGGCAGGGCAGGUAACAUAUCGGGUGAUCCAUGUGGCUGAUGGACAGGUAGAAGAACAGGCAGAUGGGGCUGCGGCAGUCAGUGUGGUGGCUGGGUUUCCCACAGCAUCACAGUCUGUAACCCCAACUGUAUCCCAGUCUGACGGUGUAGAAGGAGAGGCAUCUGAAACUCAGUACUACUAUCCCGCUACCAUCGCUGAUGCAGCUGCUGGUACAAUGGUAACCAAUGUCCAUACAGCAGAUUCAAUACUAUCUCAACCCACACCUGGAGGUCAGCUCUAUGUAAUGAUGUCACCUCAGGACGUUCUAACCACAACUCAGCCGAGUAAGCAAGGAACACAGCGCACCUCCAGGGAUGACAAGCGAAGGGCUCAACACAAUGAAGUGGAACGCAGACGCAGAGACAAGAUUAACAAUUGGAUUGUUCAGCUUUCCAAAACCAUCCCAGACUGCAGUGUGGAGGCAACCAAGAAUGGCCAAAGUAAAGGUGGGGUCCUGUCCAAGGCAUGUGACUAUAUUCAGGAGCUGCGUCAGAGCAAUGCACGACUGGAAGAGGAGCUUAAUUCUCUGGCUAGAUUGAGGAUGGACAAUCAGCUUCUUAAGCAAGAGGUGGAAGAGUGGAAAUCCAAAAACCAGACAGCGAGAAACCAGUUAACACAGCAUGGCAUCGUUGGUGCUUCAUUGGACCCUCACUGAUCUUCAGGACUGUAGAUAACAUUUGCAAUCACAUUUUCAUGUGAAAAACCAUUUAAUAGGAUUUUGGACAAUCACAGCCUCUAAACUAAAAUACUUUUUUGCCUCAGAAAUAGAGGGUAAACAAACUUAAAAAUAGCAUGGCCUUUUUUCUGUUUCCCAGUGUUUAACAACACAUUGUUUUAGAUGAUCGAUGAUUUUCAGGGUGAUCUGGUAUUUUUAAUGCACUGAAAUGAAUAAUUGUCAGAUCGUAUAUUUGUAGAUCUGUGUCUGAAGAAAGACUUCACUUUUUCAGGACUACUGUAGAGGCAAAUAGUGUAUGUUUCAAUUAUGAUGUUUUUUUUGGUAAAUGUAUGCAGUUUGAUACCCUUAACUGGGUUCUUAGUCUGAUGUCUGCGGUAAAACAUUUACUAAGCAAUGAUUGGACAAUUACUAUGGGACCAGAACUUGCAGUUAAGAAAUGUAAACAUCUGUCUGUAAAUUAAAGUACUGUUGUUUUACAAA